AUGCUCUUAUCUCUAACCAUUUCCCUCUGGAGACUCUAUCGAUACCUCUCCAUGUUCAGCUCCGAAAGACUCACUGUACCGGAAUAUGUCAGCCGGAUUGGGAACCGGAGGUCGGGCAGCUCGAGCUCAUCCUCGGAACCGAAAGCACCACCGGUCUCACCGGGUGUCCACGGUGCCGACGUCCAGGAUGUUUUGGAUACUUCGCUCCCGGCCCUGCGCUCCGCUAUCAAGACACUGAAAUCAGCCAAAGAUACAUCGGAUCUAGACGAGACCCGCAGGGCCAUCGCAGAGACGUUCCAGUUAGUGGAGGAGGCCUGGGUUCUGCCUACUGUGGGCCGGCAGGUCGCGGAGGAGAUAUGCAACAGGAUACGACUGGACGGAGGACUGGAGCUGCUCCUGCAACUCCUAAUGACACCUGCUGUGGAGAUCACCUAUGAGUCUGCCAAACUACUGGAGCAGAUACUGGUCUCUGAGAACAGAGAUUACGUGGCUCACAUGGGUCUGGGGGUGAUCCUGAACCUGACGAGGGAGACAGAGGACGCCCAGCUGGCCCGCAGUGUCUCAGGCAUCCUGGAGCACAUGUUCAAACACACCGAGGAGACGUCCGCCCAGCUCAUCGCCAACGGCGCCCUGGAUGCCCUGCUCUUCUGGUGCCGCGGUACCGACCCCACCGUCCUCCGCCACUGUGCCGUGGCACUUGCCAACUGCGCCAUGUAUGGCGGCCAUCACUGCCAGCGGCUGAUGAUCGAGAAGCAGGCAGCCGAGUGGUUGUUUCCGUUGGCGUUCUCUAAAGAGGACGAGCUGAUCCGCUUCCAUGCGUGUUUAGCGGUGGCCGUGCUCGCCAAUAACCGGGAGAUCGAGCAGGAGGUGGUGAAGUCAGGGACGUUGGAGCUGGUGGAGCCCUUUAUUGCAUCUCUGGACCCUGAUGAGUUUGCCAGGAGCUUGCUGGACAGUGCGGACAGCAUGCAGGGGAGGACGGCUGCAGACUUACAGCAGCUGCUGCCACUAUUGGAUGGGGCCAGACUGGAGGGGAAGUGUAUCGCGGCCUUCUACUUGUGUGUCGAGACCAGCAUCAAGUCACGCCAGCGGAACACCAAGAUCUUCCAGGAGAUAGGUGCGGUGCAGAGCCUGAAAAGGAUUGUCAUGUACUCCAGCAAUGGGACGGCCUGUGCCUUGGCCAAGCGGGCACUGGGGAUGAUGGGGGAGGAGGUGCCGCGACGUAUCCUCUCCUCCGUGCCCAACUGGAAGGGUGGUGAGGUGCAGAGAUGGCUCCAAGUGAUUGGAUUCAGCUCUUAUACUGAGCGCUUCCAGGAGCUGCAGGUGGAUGGUGACCUACUGCUGAACAUCACAGACCAGGAGCUGAGCACUGACCUGGGCAUGACCGCAGGACUCACUCGCAAGAGGUUCCUCCGUGACCUGCGCGUGCUGAAGACCUACGCCAACUACUCGACCUGUGACCCCAACAACAUGGCUGACUGGCUGGGCGAGGUGAACCCACGCUUCCGCCAGUACACCUACGGCCUGGUGCAGUCUGGCGUGGACCGCAAGAACGUCCUCCACCUCACCGACCAGCAGCUCCAGUCAGACUGUUACAUAGAGAACGGCAUCCAUCGCGCCAAGAUCCUGGCAGCCGCCCUUAGGCCGAUUAAGCCGUGUCUGACCGAUGCCCAGCCCCCUGGACCGGACGUGUUUAUUAGCUACCGCAGGACUACCGGUUCCCAGCUCGCCAGUCUGUUGAAGGUCCACCUGCAGGUCAGAGGUUUCAGUGUGUUCAUUGAUGUGGAGAAGCUGGAAGCAGGGAAGUUUGAGGACAAGCUGAUCCAGAGCGUCCAGCGGGCACGGAACUUCAUCCUGGUGCUGUCUGCCAACGCCCUCGACAAGUGCAUGGGUGACACUGGCAUGAAGGACUGGGUACACAAGGAGAUAGUCACAGCUCUCGCUGGGAAGAAGAACAUCGUCCCUGUCACUGAUAACUUCAUGUGGCCUGACCCAAACUCUCUGCCUGAGGACAUGAAAACCAUCCUCAACUUCAACGGCAUCAAGUGGUCCCAUGAGUACCAAGAGGCCACCAUUGAGAAGAUUCUGCGAUUUCUCAAAGGCAACCCCAGCCAAGACCAGACAGACUGUCCCAAGACAGACUGCCCUAAGAAGAAGAAACAAAGGCCCUUGAGUGGUGCUCUGGUCUGUGAUGAUGUAAAAUUGUGACCAUUAGUGAUCAGUAAUCAAUCAUGUCGAACAGAGCAUGCUCUGCGCUCUGGUUGGUCAGCUCUACCCGUGUGCAUGUGAAGACACGUUUAAUAGUCUGUAUUUAAAUCAUAUGUUUUUCAGCACUUGUAAAUACCAUGUAGUGCUCUCCAAAACUGCAGUGCCACUGUCAUAAGCUGUUAUUAGCAUGGUCAGGUAUAUUGUCUGUCUCUCAGGAAAUAACCAGUCUUAAAAGUCAGCCGUUGAUGGCAUCAUGCAUUACACGUAAUACAAAUGUGGAGUAUCUCUGUUUCCUCUCCAUAGCACUGCUCUCUCAUUGUUAUAAAUACGCCCAUAUUUUCAAAGAAAAGACAACAUUCUGGUUUAUAGUAGCCUGAGUACCAGCCUGUUUGUGCUAUCAUUCCAACUCCUUGACAUGUUAGGGUUGGAGUUGGCAAGAGUACAAACAGAUCUGGGACCAGGCUUUUAGUAAUGUUCCUGUGUAAAGUACAUAGUGUAUGCGAAAUACUGUAUCUUUUUUUUCUUCUCAUGGUGCUUAAAUGGAAUCCUGCAAGCUCAUUGGUGGUCGACUAUUGCAUUGAUUUGAUGUGUCUACGAUUGUGUAACCUGGGUGCUGGCAAACACCCUAAUCCAACAGAGAUGACCUCUUACCGAUACAGAUCGAGUCU